UUCCGGGAGAGCUCCGUCUUCCCCGCCGUCCACAGCUGUGUCAGAGAAAACGGGCAACAGGAUCAAUUUACUCAAGCCGCUGGAAACAGCUUAGUUUACUACACCUUAAUUCCGGCUGUGUGUUUCCAUAUCCGAAGUGGGGCGCUUCAUCGUUUUUGGUUUGUUGGACUUGAAGACCAACCAGAAUGACCGACUCAAAGUAUUUCACCACCAACAAAAAAGGGGAAAUAUUUGAGCUGAAAGCUGAGCUGAACAAUGAGAAGAAGGAGAAGAGGAAGGAAGCGGUGAAAAAAGUCAUUGCUGCCAUGACUGUAGGCAAGGAUGUCAGCUCCCUGUUCCCAGAUGUGGUGAACUGCAUGCAGACUGAUAACCUAGAACUGAAGAAGCUAGUCUACCUGUACCUGAUGAACUAUGCCAAGAGUCAGCCAGACAUGGCCAUCAUGGCUGUGAACAGUUUUGUCAAGGACUGCGAGGACCCGAACCCGCUCAUCCGGGCCCUGGCUGUGCGCACCAUGGGCUGCAUCCGCGUGGACAAGAUCACUGAAUACCUGUGUGAGCCCCUGCGGAAGUGCCUGAAGGACGAGGACCCCUAUGUGAGGAAGACGGCCGCUGUGUGCGUGGCCAAGCUGCAUGACAUCAACGCCCAGAUGGUGGAGGACCAGGGCUUCCUGGACUCCCUCCGGGACCUCAUCGCCGACUCCAACCCCAUGGUUGUGGCUAACGCAGUGGCAGCCCUGUCUGAAAUCAGCGAGUCUCACCCCAACAGCAAUCUGCUGGACCUGAACCCCCAGAACAUUAACAAGCUGCUGACGGCGCUGAACGAGUGCACCGAGUGGGGCCAGAUCUUCAUCUUGGACUGCUUGUCCAACUACAACCCCAAAGACGAACGUGAAGCCCAGAGCAUCUGCGAACGUGUGACGCCACGCCUCUCGCAUGCCAACUCCGCCGUGGUGCUCUCGGCCGUCAAGGUCCUGAUGAAGUUCCUGGAGCUGCUGCCCAAGGAGGCGGACUACUAUGGGACACUGCUGAAGAAGCUGUCACCGCCGCUGGUUACGCUGCUCUCCGGGGAGCCUGAAGUCCAGUACGUGGCCCUCAGGAACAUCAACCUCAUCGUACAGAAGAGGCCUGAGAUCCUGAAGCAGGAGAUCAAGGUGUUCUUCGUCAAGUACAACGAUCCCAUCUACGUCAAACUGGAGAAGUUGGACAUCAUGAUCCGACUGGCCUCCCAGGCCAACAUAGCGCAGGUUCUGGCCGAGCUGAAGGAGUACGCCACCGAGGUGGACGUGGACUUUGUGCGCAAGGCGGUCCGAGCCAUCGGACGCUGUGCCAUCAAAGUAGAGCAAUCAGCGGAGCGCUGUGUAAGCACUCUCCUGGACCUUAUUCAGACAAAGGUGAACUAUGUGGUACAGGAGGCCAUCGUGGUCAUCAGGGACAUCUUCCGCAAGUAUCCUAACAAGUAUGAGAGCAUCAUCGCCACCCUGUGCGAGAAUCUGGACUCCCUGGACGAGCCGGACGCGCGUGCGGCCAUGAUCUGGAUCGUGGGCGAGUAUGCCGAGAGGAUCGACAAUGCCGAUGAGCUCCUUGAGAGCUUCCUGGAGGGCUUCCACGAUGAGAGCACUCAGGUGCAGCUCACCCUGCUGACGGCCAUCGUGAAGCUGUUUCUGAAGAAGCCCUCGGAGACGCAGGAGCUGGUGCAGCAGGUGCUCAGCCUGGCCACUCAGGACUCUGACAACCCGGACCUGCGUGAUCGAGGCUACAUCUACUGGCGCCUCCUCUCCACCGACCCGGUAACGGCCAAGGAGGUGGUGCUGUCCGAGAAGCCUCUGAUCUCGGAGGAGACGGACCUGAUCGAGCCCACCCUGCUGGAUGAGCUCAUCUGCCACAUCGGGUCGCUGGCCUCCGUCUACCACAAACCGCCCAACGCCUUUGUAGAGGGCAGUCACGGCAUCCACCGCAAGCACCUGCCCAUCCAGCACGGCAGCAUUGACACUGGCGAGAGCCCAGUUAGUGGAGGCCCAGCUGCCACUAUCGACCAGCCCCAGGUGAUCCCGUCGCAGGGUGACCUCCUGGGUGACCUGCUCAACCUGGACCUUGGCCCCCCGGUCAACGUGCCUCAGGUCUCCUCGAUGCAGAUGGGCGCUGUGGAUCUCCUGGGAGGUGGUCUGGACAGUCUGCUCGGCGGAGACCUUGGAGGAGGUGUUGGGGGCAGUCCUGCAGUUGGCCAGAACUUCAUUCCGUCUUCAGUACCCAACACGUUUGCACCGUCUCCCACCCCGGCCACUCUGAGCAGCGGCCUUAACGACCUGUUUGAGCUGUCCACGAGCAUGGCCAUCACCACAGGGGGCUACGUGGUCCCUAAAGCUGUAUGGUUGCCGGCGGUCAAGGCCAAAGGGCUGGAGAUUUCCGGAACGUUCUCCCGCCGCCAAGGUCACAUGUACAUGGACAUGACCUUCACCAACAAAGCCCUGCAGCACAUGACCGACUUUGCCAUCCAGUUCAACAAGAACAGUUUCGGAGUCAUUCCAACCACACCCCUCCCAAUUCACACGCCUCUGAUGCCUAACCAGAACAUCGACAUCUCCCUGCCUCUCAACACCAUUGGCCCUGUUAUGAAGAUGGACCCUCUCAACAACCUGCAGGUGGCCGUCAAGAACAACAUCGACGUCUUCUACUUCAGCGUUCUCAUCCCCCUCAACGUCUUCUUCGUCGAGGACGGCAAAAUGGAGCGUCAGGUGUUCCUAGCCACAUGGAAAGAUAUUCCCAAUGAGAAUGAGUUGCAGUACCAGAUCAAGGAAUGCCACUUAAAUGCUGACACGGUGUCGGGCAAGCUGCAGAACAACAAUAUCUACACCAUCGCCAAGCGCAACGUAGAGGGCCAGGACAUGCUGUACCAGUCCCUGAAACUCACCAACGGCAUCUGGAUCCUCGCCGAACUCCGCAUUCAACCUGGCAACCCCAACUACACGCUCUCUUUGAAGUGCAGGGCUCCAGAGGUCUCACAGUAUGUCUACCAGAUGUAUGACGCAGUGCUGAAGAACUGAGUCCCCCGUCCACCAAUACUCUCUACCACCCCACCACCACUGUUCCUCUGGUACAGCAGCAAAUGAUGGCUCUUCCCAUUUUUCUGCUACUAUUUUCAAAUGCAUCUUUUGAUCUCUAUCCCAUAUAAUGUCCUGCAAGUAACCACAUGCAUCCAUGCUGCUCAAGCCAAGUGUCUUUGUGUAGUGGAUUGAAGUGUAGAUGGUGCAUUGUGCCUCUUCCUCGUGUUUGUCGCCCCUGCCAAGAAAAUGUGUAUUAAACGUGUGAUUUUCCGUUGCUUACGUUUGCACAUGUAUUUGCCACACCUGAGCAAUCUGUUGGUUGAUGAGGGGGAGAAAAAAGACAAAUAUAAAAGAAAAACAAAAACGUUGAAGGUGUGAUGAGCUUGAUGAGCGACGUUUCAGGAGCCAUACUGUUUCUCACAGGGAUCUCGGUUUCGUGUUGCCAUGCAGAAUUGGUGCCACCAAAAUAUGGGGAACACAGGUUUUUUGGGGGUUUUUUGAGCCAUCACUGCCUCAGCAGGUAGAAAGAGGCAGGUGAGAAAGUACUGAAGGAAGCAGUUCUUUGAUUUCUUGUCCGUUGUGGAGAUGAUAGAAUACACACGCAGUCUUGUAAGUGGCCACCACUUCAGAAACACUCAUUUCAGCAGCUACGUUUGAUAAUUGUACCAUCAUUUAAAUUUUCCCUUUUCUGUGCCCUUCUGUUUUUUUCCCCGCCCUUUUCCCAGUCGUCUGUAUGUCUUUUGUGUGGUCCCCUUAAUCACAAGAAACUGUGAAGCAGUACCUUGCCCUAUUGUGCAUUAUAUGACACUAUAUCAAAUUAACUUUGCAUGCCUUAGUCCGUUCUUAUUAAAUAAUGACCCGUACAUUCCAUGCUUGUAAGCUAAUUCUGUGUAUUAUUCAUCCUGCCUGUGUUUCUGAGGCCAACAGGUGCUUGCUCUUAGUCUGUAGCACAGGAAAGCAGCCAGAGGUGGCUUGCGCUUGAGAGUUGUUAGUCCGAGCUGUCUGCGGUGAACAGGUGUAAUGUAAUUACAGGGUCAUGCAGAAUAACGAGGGGUGUAACAAACCCUUCGUCCAGUCGUGGCAUAUAUUCUUGUACUGUGGCAACACUAAAACACGAAUGGAACGAACCAACAGACCGUCUGCGAUCUUAAAUGACAGUUUAGGUAGGUGUUGUACUGUAAAUUCCACUGGCUAUUUAGUUUGGUAGUAGGUACAUCUGUGACGUUUUUGUUGCCAUAAAUGGUUACGUGCCCGGGAAGCUAUACGUAGGGAGCGUCCAUUACCUUUUGGAAACAACUGCUUGAGAAUAUUCGUCUAUUUACUUUUAAGGGCUCGUAAUCUAUUCUGUGUUAUUUCUGUAGUAGUGAUGUGAGUUUAUUUAGCGCUUAAUUAACUAUAAUGCGCUUGAGUGUUAAAAGUGAUGUGGCCGUACCAUCCGAACCAAACGUUAGCAGAGCAAAUCAGUAAUGAGUGGGGCAAUUACUUUACAAAGUAAAUAAAUGUAAUCUGCUUCUCUGUGUGGAUGCUAAUGUUUUAAACAUGCCUCUCUCGCUGUCCUCUUUUGGUCUCUAAUCAUAAAAUAGGCCCGCUUCCUCUCUAAAAGAUACAGCCUCGGUCGUUAUUUCUCCCUCAUUUGUUAUUCUUCACUCCUUGAUGCCAGUGUUUUACUUGAAGUAUUUUUCAUUUUCAAUAAAUAAAAAUAAAAUAAACGUCCUUGACCGUAUGGUUUGAGCGUCUUUGCCUCACUUCUCCACCGUCGCUGGCGGCCGUGUGAACGUGCGUGUGCGCGAGCUGUCUGAUCGCCGUGACGCACGCGCCGGGCCAUAGCGGUGCAUAAUCUCUCCAGUCUAAUAGGUGUCCCGGUUGAAUACUGAGUAGUGCGCCACAGCCUGAACAAACUGUCUUAGGACCUGGAGACACUGUCUGUCGAUGCCUUCAUAAUACAUUGUGAGUGGUGAAGCUGUAUCUAACUCAUGAACAUUUGUUAUUGUUAUACAUUAGCAAAAUAAAAAAUAGGACUGAAAAAUACA